UGCUAGCUGCUCGCUCGCAUUUCGACGAACAGCUGUUGGGGCUGUCAGGCAGCCCCGGGAGUACUACUUUAGUUUCGAUAUUUGUUAGCCUCGGAGAUGCUAGCUAGCGUUGCCUCACGUUGACGACGGUGCCAGGUAGCCGAGCACGCUUUAUUCGCGGAGGGGAGUGCACCGUUAAACAUCACAAGGCAAAAAAAAACAGGACACCAGGCGGGCCCGCGAGCCCCAGAUAGGAAGCGAGGUGGUUUUGUUUAUGUCGGUGCGUGCAGUGGUUGACAGGUUCCCCCUCGGGUCGACGCAGGACUAAAGAGACAAUGGCUGAGGCUGACGGCAAAUCCGCUGCGCUUAACGGUGGCUCUGAAGAAAAGGAGCCUGGAGAAGAUGAACACAAGGAGGAAGAUGCCUUUGGAAGCAAAGAAGGACAAACACAGUCUUCUUCUCAAGAUGCUCCCAAAGAAACAGGAGAGGCAUCUGGAGACAAGCCGAUGCCAGAUGUGAAAGGAGAAACAGGUGCAAACGGAGAGGGAGAGGAGGAAGAGGACACAGACAGCAUGGAUGGCAGCAUCCUCUACUCCCAGACCGAGGAUGGUGACAGACAAAGUGAGGGAGGCAGACGAGAGAGGGCCAAGGACAAAGAUAGAGGGAAAAGGGCCGCUAGAAAGAGAAAUAGACCUGGUGGGGGCACCAGCCACUCCUCCAGCUCAGAUGAGGAUGACAAUGAGGAUGAAGAAGAAGAACAGAAAGAUGACGAAGACGAUGACGAGGCUAUGGAGGCAUGGUUGGGAGCAGAGCUCCGUGACCUCCGUGGGCCUAUAUGGAGGGCGGUACCCUCGCUGCGCUCCAGGGAGAUCGGAAGGGAGUCGCACCAGUUUGUGAGGCGCGUGUGUGGAGCCCGAGGCCUCGUGCAGAGGCUGGAGCUCCAGGGCCACCUGGAGAAGCACACAGGCUGCGUCAACACUUUGCACUUCAACCCCUCAGGCACACGCCUGGCGUCAGGCAGCGAUGACCUGCGAGUGGUGAUCUGGGACUGGGCCAUCCGUCAUGCUGAGCUGGAGUUUGACAGUGGCCACAAGAGCAAUGUCUUUCAGGCAAAGUUUCUGCCUCACAGCGGAGACUCCACCUUGGCCAUGUGUGCCCGAGAUGGUCAGAUCAGAGUGGCCGAGCUCUCUGCCACGCAGCGCUGCAAGAACACCAAGCGGGUAGCACAGCAUAAAGGGGCGGCACACAAGCUGGCCCUCGAGCCAGAUUCGCCCUGCUCCUUUCUGUCUGCCGGAGAGGACGCUGUAGUGUUUGGCAUUGACCUGCGUCUAGACCGUCCCGCCAAUAAACUGGUGGUUGUAAAGGAGGGUGAUAAAAAAGUUGGGCUGUACACCAUCUUCGUCAACCCAGCAAAGACACACCACUUUGCCGUGGGCGGGAGAGAUCAGUAUGUAAGGAUCUAUGACCAGAGGAAGAUUAAUGAGAAUGAUAACAAUGGUGUACUGAAAAAGUUUUGUCCUUCACACCUGGUAUCCAGCGAGUCCAAAACCAACAUAACCUGCCUUGUGUACAGUCAUGAUGGCACAGAGCUCCUGGCCAGUUACAAUGAUGAGGACAUCUACCUGUUUGACUCCAACCACAGCGACGGGGCCGACUAUCGCAGGAGAUACAAGGGACACCGCAAUAAUGCAACAGUGAAGGGGGUUAACUUCUAUGGGCCAUGCAGUGAGUUUGUGGUCAGUGGCAGUGACUGCGGACACAUCUACCUAUGGGACAAGUAUUCUGCACGGAUCGUCCAGUUUAUGGAGGGAGACAGAGGAGGAGUGGUGAACUGUCUGGAGCCUCAUCCCCAUCUGCCUGGCAUGGCCACCAGUGGGCUGGACCACGACAUCAAACUAUGGGCCCCCACUGCUGAAAGCCCCACAGGACUCAAGGGUCUAAAGGAGGUGAUGAAAAAAAACAAGCGGGAGCGCGAUGAAGACAGCGUGCGCCACGGCGACCAGUACGACACCCAGCUGCUGUGGUUCCUGAUGAGACACAUGAGGAACAGACGGCCCCCGAGGGCCCGCCGUGAGGGUGCAGACCCCGACACAGAUGAGUCCUGGAGCUCCCCAGAUUCCUCUGAUGAAGAGGAAGGAGGCCCAGACCAUGUCCAGUGCAUGUCCUCCUGAGCCACACACACACACACACACACACACACACACACACACACACACACACACAUAUACACACUUUAUUGCCCUUGAAUUGAUGCACAUAGGCAAGCACUAUUGACACACUGGCACACUCAAUUACUGACGAGCCACAGACCUGGGGUGUGUUUUUUUUUUUUUUUUUUUUUCUUUGUUUUUUUUCUUCUUCCUUACACAAAUACAAUCUCACACAGACAAACACGUACAUUUACUUUAUAUGCUGUUGAAGCAGAGUGACAGAAACGCCUGGUUUCCCAGCAGUUACGAGUGUGCACAUGGCGACUACAGUCUGCAUACACACUUCCAGAAUCCUGAUUUUUUUUUUUUUGUUGUUUUUUUUUUUUUGAGAAUUGUACCAAGAGGUUUAGUGAAUGCUUACAUCCCUAUAAACCACUUGGAGGUCCCUGUUUGUCCAUUCAUUACGUAUAUGCUCUGCCUAGGCCCUGAGCUAUGUACUGUGCAUGUAUGGCAACAAGCACCUCCAACUUUAGGCACCCUGUAGUAAGCUAUACAUCACCAGCACACCCCCCCCUUAGUAACACACCUCUUGCUCUCGGGCUUUCUGUGCUGAUGAAGAGGGGUUCAGCAGGGAGGAAGGGCGUAGACUCAUUCCCUCAAACCAUAACCAAAAUGUGACUUCCUUUUAACAUUUGAACUUAAGAGACGGAAACCCCAGUGCCCCUCACUUCAUCGCCCCAGCUUCAUACUGAUUUCUGGCCCUGAGCUUGAGCAGUUAGUUGCAUUUGUUACCGAUUUGCUGCCAGAGGACUACUAAAUCUCCACAUGCUGCAUCACUCUACAUGCUGCCCUCAGCUACUCCCUUCCCUCCUCUUUCCAUCCCACCCCCCACUACUGAGUGCACUUUGAAUCAGGGAUGCUUUAGUUUGAGACACAGACAAAACAUGCACUGAGUGUGUAUUUUUUUGGUGGAAGAGCUGUUGUCUUGUCAUGUAUCUCAUUGGAAAACCCAAGGUGAAGUUUAGUUUAUUUGUUUUGUUUCUUUGAGCGGGGGGAUAUUUUGCACUUAGGCGUUUCUUGACUUGAGGAAGAGCAGGUUUCCUUUUGCUUCCACCAGCCUUUCCUCCUCCUCCUCCUCCCUCUUCUCCUGGCGUCACUCUCCAUCCUGACACCCAUCUUUUGACAGGAAAUCUUCAGUUCAUCUUGCUCAGUGAACAUGAAACUGGAGAACAGAUGGUGUUCAGCAUUUGCAUGGGAAAUAAGGACUGAUUUUGGGCUCUAUUGGGGAACUGUGUAACUUUAUAGAGACGGAGCCGACCUGGAUCAAUCGCAAUUGAAACACUGCCUAUGAGCCAGUCGAGCCUGUAGUAAUAAAGGACUCCACUUGUUCAUGUGGUUCUUAAAAAUGGUUUUGUUAUGCUAGAUCCAAUCCAACCAAUUGCUGAGUGACAUUUUUCAGACAGACAGAUGAACCAGGUCGGGCGUUUGCAACCAGCACACCACUUGUGAGGAGUCUUGUGUCUGUGCUGUAUUAACAUUGGCUCAGAGAGGAGGACGGGUCGGCAGGGUCAAUAUGCUUGCCAGUCAUUCGUUGUGUGAGAGCGAUAAAGUCCAGCUUUUCUCAUUUUCUAUGAGAACUCUAGUUAGUUGAAUUUAUAUGUGUAUAUAUAUAAAUAUAUAUUAAAACUGUAAAAAAAAAAACAAAAAAAACAACUUUAGCAAAUGCUAUUUGACUUCAAAAAAAGAAAAAAAAAGAUGUUGAAACAUUUGAUUGGUAUUGAUGCAGAGGUUUAUAUUCUAUAUGAGGACAAAGUACUUUUAAACUCCAGAGAAAACAAAAGACUUGAGGCACAAUUUUUCCUUUUAUUAAUGACAUCCCUCUGUUAAGAAAAGAAUCGCUGUCAUUUCAAGUAUUAAAGUUUUGAUUCUCCUUCUUGUUCAAAAAAAAAAACAGUAUUUUCUUUCUAUAUCUUAAUCCAUCAUUUGAGACAGUUAUAUUCCGAAUUUUCCCACUGGCUAUUUUUGGCAUCUUGUAUACAUAAGAAGGCUUUUGAUGGACAAUUUUUCUUUCCACCACUGCCUAAUAUUGCAUUCUGCCAGUUCAGUUGGAAGUAUGUAUAAUUCAUGCAAUAAACAAAAAGA